UCCAGGUACUUGUUCUAAAUGGAGGCUGUUUGAAAUGUCGUCUGGAAGCUCUGCCGUGACAUGCUUUGUUUUCAGCAAAGUACAGUGAAAUAUUGCGUUUGAUAUUCACCAGUGAGUUACGUUUGAUAUUCACCAGUGAGAGCGGUCACUAUGGACUGUAGAGGUGAUGGUGCUGAAGAAGUGGAGAAUGAGAGAUCCUCAUCUCCAACUGGAAUACAGAGUCCUGCAAUGGACCGGAACCCAUCACCGCCCCCAGAAGCAGGCGAUGCAAAGAGCGGCGGAGAUCUGGACGCCAUUGGAGACACCGUUUACAGCAAGCACUGGCUUUUCAGCACCCUGACUCGUCUCAUCCAUAUGGUCACUGAGCAUUCGGAGGUGAACUCUGAAGGUGUGAUGCAGCUCCCCGAUGAUGAUGAGGAAGACCUGUGCAGAGUCUGGGACAUGGCCAUGGAUAAGGAUGUGGCUGGUUUUCUGCAGGAGUUCAAAGCUACGGAUAUCCUUCUCGGAGUGAUAGCCAAAUCUCGUUGUCCACGUCUCACAGAAAUUUGUGUGGGAAUCCUUGGAAACAUUGCUUGCUUUCCUGACACUUGUCUGGCUCUGAGCCAAAAUGAAGACUUGGGCGCUGUGCUGUUGCUUCUGCUUGGAGAUACAGAUCCUCCAACCCUUCUGGAAACAAGCAGAUUGCUGCUGACCUGCGUCUCUCAGAAAGACGUCUGUUCCCUGUGGCUUCAGCGAAUACGACAGCAGACGUCUGUGCGCUCCAACCUGUUAUUCAUCAUGUGCAGUUCUACCAACACUGACCUGCUUGAGAAGGUUGGAGAGCUGCUUGACAAACUGUUUGACCUCGACGAAGAGCUGAUGAAGAGUUGGAUCACAGCUCAACAAAGUGAGGAAGAGGAGGAGGAGGACGACGACGACGGCCAAAGCCGUCUGGAUGUGGCCUCAUGUCUUCUCGAGGCAGCCAAGCAGCUCAGAUCAGAUAGUCCGAACGGCUUAGAGGUUUACCUUCACGCCCUCCAGCUCCUCACCACCAUAGAUGAGGGCAUUCAGACUUUAGCUGCCCCUGAUGGACCCGGCAAAGCAGUGUGGGACUUUGUCUGCGACGUUGUGUGUGAGGACCUCUGCCAGCCAACUGAUCUUCCCGUUGUCCUGCAAGAGCAGAAGAGCAUUUUGGUGCAGGCCUUUGCUGUGCUGCAGGCUCUUUAUAGGUGCCAGGAUCAGUGGUGCAGCAGAAGCGACACAAGUCUUCCCCUCAUUGGAACUGUUUUGCGAGUGCUUCAGUACCACAGUGAGGACAAAGAUGAGGGUCCCAGCAAAGAAGGCACAAAAGAUGAACAGCUACAGACUCUAGCAGAGAUCACAGCUGAGUUUCUAGCUGACAUCUGCAUUCAAAUUCCCACGGCCACCGUGUCAGAUUUGGUGAAGAACGGUUACCUCACAGAGAAGACGGCUCUCAUCGCUGCGGGCAGUUUACUUCCCAACUUUAAGACUUCAUUUCAGCACCUGCAGUCCAUGUUGUCAGAGACAGAUCCCCAAAUGGCAGACAUGGUGAGGAAACGGUUUCCUGUCUGAGGCUCCCAGCAUAUCAGUGUUCAGCACUCAUCCAGACUCUCAUCACUGCUUUUUAUAGCAGCCUCUAUUUCCCCUCCAAAGGUCCUGCUUCAAGUUGUAUUUUUGGAUUUCCAUUGGAAAGUCUAAACGAGGAUGUCGCACCGUCACGAGUGACGGACAGAGUAACUGUUUAUUCGAGCCACACUCGAUUGUGUUUCUGUUUAAAGUGUUUUAUUUUGUGUAUCCUAUUUUUGUAUUAAACAAUUUACAGUCUUUUGAUAAAAACAAAUCUUUCUUUCUCGUUUGUGAUUAGUUGCUCUUACUAAAGUCCUCACUGACAAAAAGCAUUUUUGGUAUUUAAGUUUUCUUUUUAAAGAAAGGGUUAGUACAAACCAGCUAGACACCUUUUAUAUCAUUUCUGGGAAAUUAAAUGUCGUUAAAAAAAUUAAAAUAAGUAGCACCUACAGAAAUGAGAGUUUUAGUCCACAAUAAAAUAAAAAAACAUCUCAGGAAUCUUUGGCUUUGCCUGAAAUCCAAACAAACAAAAACAACUCCAUUGAUCUCUACAUAGGCCCAUAAAAGGCCGCAGCAGGAAGUCCCAUCUUCCAAAAUACCUUUAAUCUACUGAGCAACGAGUCGGAUACAAUCUCUUCUUUUGCAUCUAUGGAACUUUUUAUUUAUUCAAAGACAUGAAACACUGAUAAAAAUUAAGAUUUUAUGGGAAUAUUGUACAUUUUAUCAUAAAAUACUUAUAGAACAAUUGUAUACUAUGUAUUUAUAUAUUGUUUGCUGUACCUUUCUUCUGUCCUUAUCAAUGUCUCCAUCAGACACACACCAUAUGUCAAUGCGGUUAAUGCUUUCAUCAUUUAAUGCAUCCAUCACAAUGAAUAUUAUUAUUUGUUCCUAUUUUUUGUAUGAUACAAAUGUACAUCUCUACAUCAGAUGAAACUCCAUUGACUGUGUAUUGAGUCACCUUUCCAAGCAUAUGAGUAAUGGUACCAAUGCUGAUGACAACAUCAAGUGUGUACCAGAGGGUGACAGUCACUCGGUAACGACAAUAAAAUUAGAUGAAAGGCUCGAGCCUGGCAACAACGAUCUCAUUUGGUUUCCAAAUGCACCGUUUCGCCCACUCAUGGAAAAGAGCAGGACAACCUGCAUGCUUACGAAGGCUCUGUGAAUAUAGCAGCUUUUUAAUUAAAGCUUGGAUUGAUAUGUAGAACACUCUUUCUAAUGGAAAUGCCGAGAUGGUCAGAGCGCAUGAGAGAGAUCACCCUAUGGGGGAAAAAACCUCUCUUUUUAAUCCUAUCUCUGGACACGAUGUGAACCUUGACUAGACUUGUGAUGCACAUAGUAAGGCCAGUGCUUUGAUCUGAGAGUCAUGUCCUGUUUGUGCUGUAAAUGGUUAGAAUGAUGUAGAUGUAAUCAUGCUUGGCCUUUCAAGAUUGCUUGUGGCCAAUGACUUGCACUUUGUUGGGUGCUCUGUCUUCAGGCCGCGCUGCCAGGCGUGUUAUGUCACAGAGAUCAGGUUGAAGCCCAGAUGUUUCCUGCUGCCCUGCCACACUUCAUUGUCAGUCUGCCAGUCUUCACUGCGGCUUGAUAUGAUCUGACUCCAUGCACACGGGGUCGGUGCUCUAUACACUUCAAAGGGCGCUAAGGCAUGUCAUGCCUGUCUGACGCUGAUGCUGGAUGUCAGCUACUUCUUUUUCUGUUUACCUCCGCCCACACAACUCGCUGUUCUGUUAGAUGACCUGACAUUUUGCCAUUAUGUGACAUGCCUUCUAUUUUUGUCUCACAUUUGUGUGAAAAUUCAUAUUUGGCACACAAAUGUCCUUCUGUAACUUGGAAAUAAUAUUACAUAAAUUGUCACAUGACAUACCCAUGAAUUGGAUAAAUGUAUAAUAAUUUGAACAUUCGUUGAGGGAUUUGGAGGUAAAUAAACAACAAAGAAGAAAAACAUCCUGGAAAGCCUUAACCUUUGAUAAAUUAAAAAGCAGUAAAAGUAAUUGAACUGGAAGACAGUCUGUCAUUCAACAUGAGCAGAAUGUUUUCUCACGUAUUCUUGUAUCAUGCCCCGAGACGGGGACUGACCUUCAAAUUCAUGUAUAAUUGUGUCAUGGCUGGAUCAUCUAAAUGAAGCCCUCUUGAGUGUGUAAAAUGGCCCCAACACUGAUGUAGUACCUGUUGCUGGGCGAGCAGGAGGAAUAAUGAAGGGAUGAAGAAUGCGUGUGCAGUGUCACGUUUGCUUUGAUUCCAAGGCCCGGCCCAUUCACAACCACCUGGACAAGACAUGUUCAUAAAGACGCAUGAUGCUCUUGGGUGCAAUCAAAGCACCCUUCAGCUCAUUUCCUGCAGUUCUCCGGGCUUUCUGUCUCUUGUCAACAGAAUCACAAUGAAACUUUCCCCUUCGUGAACCCUGAAAAUCAAAAGACACUGACGUCUCCUGCUCGCAAAAAGUGAUGUGGUGACGUUGGUGUUUGCGUUUGCCUGAACUACCUGUUCUACUUCUUCAACCGCCUUCUCUGUCACGACGUUGUAAUGAUAAACUGGACAGCGAGGAUGCUAUGCAGUGUACAAUCUUUGUCAAUGGCUGUGAAACAUUUUUUCUCACAUUGUGACCAUAGCAAUCUCAUGUAUGCCCGAGGUCGAAAGGUUGUUUAUCACCAAAUAU